AUGAAGCUCUUACUUGUCUUCGCUCUGCUGGCUCUCAUCUGUAUGGCUCGAUCAGCCCCAACGUCGCCAACAGCAACAACAACAACAACAGGUCGGCAAUUAGUUUUUCAGCAUUAUGACGAUGACGAUGAACAUGUCCCACAGGAAGAAGUGAAAUUAGAUGAUGAUGAUGAGCAUGAAGCGGAAGACGAUGAAACCACUACAACAACCACUCGCCGUUCGGUUUUCAAUUUUCCGACACGAAAUCGAAACAUGAUACCGUCACGACGACCAAUUCAAACACAAUCAAGCACAACGCCUCGUUCAACAAAAACGACCACGGUUGACGAUAAUCAAGAAGGUCAAACCGAUGACUACAAUGGUGAUUUCAAAUACAUUCAAAAUUUCCGUAAAUACUUCCAGCAAUUACUGGAAGAUAUUAAAAAAUUAGUCCGAAACUUAACUGGUUAUGACCUUGGUAUUAUAUAUCUCUUCAUCGUCGAAUGUCAUCGAGCUUUUCUUUUAUCUUCGCUUCUGAUUAAUUUGUCGACACAUUUUAUAUUUCUCGUUGACUCAAGUAGAAAUCAAGAGAUAAUUCGAUUGCUAAUCGAAACUGAACGGCGUGUUGUUCUAUCUGAAUGGCGAGUUGUGAUGGUGAGUCAAACCUCGUACCCGAUCACCUACAAACUCGAUCGUCCAUCAUCAACAGUUCCGACACAGUAUGCAGCUGUGCGAAUUCCAUUAGGCAGUCGGAUUAUCACGAAAUGGCAAGAGCAAGUUCGACCAGUUGUCGAUGAAAAUGAACAAUCUGAUUCUAAGCACGAUCAAUGGUAUGUUGUUCGAGAAUGGACUGAGGCAGAUAUGUGA